AUGAAUAGUGAAUCAAAGAAUGAGUUAAACAUUCUCUCUCCGACUCCGGUCAGAAGAGAGAUGGAAGAGAGCAGCUCGAGUCUUCCACUUCAGGCUAUCGAUUCAACCAGUAUAAACAGAUCACUGGAACACUCACAACAUCCCGACAUCACCAACAACACUCAAAAGAUAGAUAUUGGUAUCAUCACAGCCGAUAGCAAACCAACAGGUAAAUCAACACUUGAUAUUCAACAACAACAACAACAACAACAAAACUCGAAACUCAAACAAAUUCAAUCAAAAUACUCAACAACAUCACCGAUCAUCAUUUUAUUCAUCGAAUUAGCACUUGCUCUUGCCACCAUAUUUCCACUGGUAGUAGGAAUCAUAUAUGACAACAUUGCAUAUCUACUCUAUGGUGUUUAUGGAAUUUUAACAAUACCUUUUACUCUCGGUGGACUCUAUGCAAUAGGUAUAUUAGCUAAAUUCGACAAGAUUCCAUUGGUUAAGAACUGGUGGGCUAGUAUCAUUAUUUUGGUGGGAAUAGGUAUUUUUACUAUUGUUUGGGAUGUCACUUGUAUUCUAUGGGUGAAACCUGUACUGUCUGAUAUUAUGUCAAAGAAGAGUUCAAAACUGAAAGAGGUUGAAGAUGAAGAAAACACAAUAAUGAAAGAGAUUAUCAAAGAAGAGAAUGAAUAUGAAAUGUUAAAACAAAUGGCUCCAAAACCACAAUAUGGACAAUUGAUACCUGAAGAACCAUUUAGAAUAGCAAUUAGGAAGUUUAAUAAAGAUCCAGAAACUGGUAUCCAAUAUAUAAGAGAAAACAAUGUACUAUUAAAUACUCAAUAUGAUAAUAUAAUAACAUUUUUACAUUCAGUCGAUGAAUUAAAUAAGAUUAAAUUAGGAGAAUAUCUAGGUGGAAAUCAACCACAUAAUAAGGAGAUGCUUCAAAGCUUUGUAAAUUAUUAUAAUUUUGAAUCAAAAGAGUUUGAUGAAGCUCUUCGUAACUUUUUGUCAAAGUUCAAACUACCUAGGGAAGCUCAACAGAUCGAUCGUGUUAUGGAGAGCUUUGCAAUGAAGUAUCACAAUGAUAAUCCUGGAAAAUUCACCGACUCUGACACCGCCUACCUACUUGCCUUCUCAUUGAUUCUACUCAACACAGACGCACACAAUCCUGCCAUUAAGAACAAGAUGUCCAAGAGAGUAUUUGUACAGAAUAAUAUCAACCUCAGAAAGGGAAAGAAGCAGGAUCUUACACCAGAGUAUCUAGAGAAGCUCUAUGACCGUAUUAUCAACAACGAAUUGAAAUUGGAUGAGGAUACACUCUUCUCAAAUGCUCAACUCAAGGGAUGGCUCUAUAAGAUGUCUUCCCAAAAGAAAAAUUGGCAAAAGAGAUGGUUUGUACUCAAAAACAACUGUCUUUAUUAUUUCCCAACAGAGAAGAAUGAGGAAAAUCCAAAAGUAAUUAUACCUUUGGAAGGUCUAAAGGUUACAAAGAUAUCGGAUACAUCUUUCCAAAUCGAAGAUUCCACUGUUCAAAUGAUAAAGUCAGUCAAACUGACACCCAAAGGACCGAUUGAAGGUCAACACGAGAAAUAUAUUUUAAAAGCCUCAACACAAGAAGAAGCAAUUAAAUGGAUCGAUUCAAUUUCAAACAAUGUUCUUGGUAGCCCAGUUUUGUUAUUAAUCAAGAAAAAGAAGAAGUUGUUAAAUAGAAGUAGAGGUAGUGAAUCAAGAAAAGAUCAAACUAACAGUAACAAUAAUAAUAAUAAUAGUAAUAAUAAUAGUAAUAAUAAUAACAACAAUAUUAAUAAUAUUAAUCAUAAUAAUAAUACUAAUAAUAAUAAUAACAAUAAUAAUAAUAUUAUUAAUAAUUUGGGAUCUACACCAACCAAUGACAAUCACUUGGUCACAAGAGAACACAAUCUGAAUACUCAUACCGAUUACGAAUCAUAUACAAAUGCAAGUCCGAAAUCAUCGGUGUUUGGAAUGGACGAUGCAACCUCCUCAGAAGACGAAUAUGGAAAGAGUAAACAAACUGAAAUAGAAUUUCUAAUAAAUAAUUCUUUAGUAAACUAUUAA